UUCGUUAUCUUAUAGGUAAUUUAGGGAAGCGGCGUCUCUCUCCUCUUCCGGGGUUCGGCGAGUUUGAGCAGAUUAGUCGGCCACGGGAACUCGUCGACGGCGAGAGCGCCGAUGGCGGAGGGGACAACUGACCCUGAUCGCAACUGGUUAAGGGUAGCGAUGGAGUCGACAAACCCAAUCAGCGACAGUGAUGUUCAUAGCAUCAUCUUGUCUUAUCUCAUGCACAAUUGCUUUAAGGAGACAGCAGAAACUUUUCUUUCUUGUACUGGGAUGAGCCAACCUGUUGAUUAUUUUGUGGACAUGGAUAAACGAAAAAAAAUUAUCCAUUAUGCAGUUGAGGGGAAUGCUCUCAAAGCAAUUGAGCUAACAGAACAGCUAGUACCCAACUUGCUAGAGGAUAACAAGGAUCUGCACUUUGAUCUACUUAGCCUUCACUUCAUUGACUUAGUACGCUCAAAAAACAGCAAUGAAGCAUUGGAAUUUGCUCAAACCAAACUCGUACCAUUUGGAAAUACGGCAAAGUAUGUUGAGAAACUGAAAGAGUUUGUCACACUCUUUGCUUAUGAGGAGCCUGAGAAAUCUCCAAUAUUUCAUCUUCUAAGCCCAGAAUAUCGACAAAAUGUCGCAGAUAGUCUGAAUAGAGCUAUCCUUGGUUGUGCUAAUCUCCCAAGCUAUUCUUCCAUGGAAAGAUUGAUACAGCAAGUUACGGUGGUUAGACAUUUUCUACAUCAAGAACUUGGUAAGGAUGGUCCUCCACCGUUUUCUUUGAAGGCGUUUCUGAAUAAUUAGCGUGAAUAUGUACGAAGUGAUCAAACACAAACGACAUCGCCAUGGUCGCUAGCGCCAGAAUUUAUCAAAUGCAUGUGCUCCUUGUGCAAGUUUCAGCUGGAUGGAACAGAAAGCAAGCUUGCAUUUGGCUAUGUAAUUGUUUGAUGGAAGCAGUAUAGUGUGGCCUGCUCAGAAUAUUCUCCAGUUUCUUAUCUGUUCUAUUUAACAUUCCAUAAAAUUAAUGAAUUUUUAAUUCUACAAAAGGAUUUAGGAUGGUCUAGCUGAUGAACUUGGAUCAAGUCUUAAGUUUGCAUGCGGUUUAAUCAAUUGAUCUACCGGUUUGUCUAUUGAAUUAGUGACUUAGAGCUUGACUUGUUUGAUUUUUAUAA